AAAAAAACUAUGAAAUGUUUUUUUAAUAAUUUCUUAUUUUAGAUUUUCUGAAAAUAUUUUAUUUCUUUCCUUUCAAUAAAUAAUUUUAACACUCACAAAAAAACAAUUUUAAAAAUGUUAUGUCAUUUUACCGUAAGAAAGUCACUUGCACAAGCCAGCGUAGCGACGGCGUCGUUUAAGGUGCAACUAUUGUUCGAACCAUCAUCUUCUUCUUCCACCUCCAGGCUCCAGAAGAACACGAAGAUGGAAAACCUAAAACCCCAAAACUACUAACAGACCAGUUCACUACUGUACAUCGCCAUGCUCAUUUCUUUCUCUAUUCUCCAAUGAACUGUUACAAGCGAUGGCCUCUCAGGUCUUUCUCGCGUGCUCUUGCACGCGCUCAUUCCACCACCACCACCUCCUCGCCCAAACCCCCGUCGCCACCAAAUGGUACGGCAGGAGCAGCGCCGUUCCCCUUGAAGCAAGUGACGAAAUCAAACUUCGAGGCCGCGCUGGCGGAUCUUCGGACGCACGUGCGUUCCGCGGACUUCGUGGCAAUCGACCUGGAGAUGACGGGCAUAACCAGCGCGCCCUGGCGGGAGUCCUUCGAGUUUGACCGCUUCGAUGUCCGGUAUCUCAAAGUUAAAGACUCCGCCGAGAAAUUCGCCGUCGUCCAGUUCGGCGUCUGUCCCUUCCGAUGGGACCCACUUAAGAACUCCUUCAUCUCUCACCCGCACAAUUUCUUUGUGUUUCCUCGUCAAGAGCUUCCAUUUGAUGGCCCUUCUCAUGAGUUCCUCUGCCAGACAACUUCCAUUGACUUCUUGGCUAAAUACCAGUUUGAUUUUAAUGCUUGCAUACAUGAAGGGGUAUCUUAUUUGUCCAGAAGACAAGAAGAAGAGGCAUUAAGGCAGUUGAAUUCACAUUAUGAGGAUGAGUCCUAUAACUCAUGGCUCAAGUUGAAAGAAGGUAGGGAGAAGCCACUGGGCCGCAUAGCUGAUGUUCUCUUUGCUGAAAGAAUGAAGAAUAGGUUGAGCGAAUGGCGUGAUGUUAUGUUACAUGGUGGAAACGGAUGGCCUGAAAUUCAGAGAAGCUCAAGUAAUUCUAGCCAGCAGUUUCAAACAAUAUUCUUCAAGAUGCGGCCGGCUCUUAGUCUUCAUGGCUUCACUUCUCAUCAGCUUAGGUUAAUUCAACUGGUUACGAGGAAGCAUUUUAGUGAUCUUGCCUAUGUUCAUGGGGAUGGUGAAAAUUUCUCUUCAAGUGAGCUAGUUGUAUAUACUGAAUCAGAGGAGGACAGGAACUUACUUAUGAAAGAGGUGAAAGAUGAGCGUCGAAGAGGGGCGGAAACAAAGAUUAAAGCUGCAAUUGGGUUUCGCCAUGUUAUUGACCUUCUUUCCUCAGAAAAAAAGUUAAUCGUUGGUCACAAUUGUUUCCUGGAUAUUGCACACAUAUACAGCAAAUUCUCUGGUCCUCUUCCUUCGACAGCUGAAGAUUUUGUCUCCUCUGUAAACAAGUAUUUUUCUCAUAUUAUUGACACCAAAAUACUCUUGAAUGCUGAUGAGAUACUGCAACGACGGAUGAAAAGAUCUAAAACAUCGUUAUCCUCAGCAUUUGCAUUGUUAUGCCCACAAAUGUCUCUUGGUUCUAAAAGCUCUAGAUUGGUGUUUCAGCAAUGUGUUGAAGUUGAUGUUGAAGUGGAUAAUAUUAGAUUCUCUGUAUGGAACCCUGGUGCCAAGCAUGAGGCUGGUUAUGAUGCUUUCAUGACAGGAUACAUCUUUGCCCAGUCAUGCAGUCUUCUUGGAAUUGAUUUUAAACUCCAUUCCAAAUGUCUGGCCCACAAUGAAAAGCUCCAGAAGCACAUCAACCUUCUCUAUCUGAGUUGGAUUAAUGGGGUGAUUGUUGAUCUAAGAACUGGUAAAAAAACUGCUGAGUCUCUGGUUUCUCAUAAAACGGGAAAGAGGUAUCCACCGAUUGUGUUUGAAAACAUUGCCUUAGUCUGGGGAUUUCCAUCGAAACUCAAGGCUGUAGAUAUAAGAGAAUGCAUCUCUAAAGCCUUUGGCGUUAGAUCCGUGACCUCUGUCUAUCAUGUGGAUGAAACUGCAGUGUUUAUCCAGUUCAGCAAGACAGAACUGAUUUCCGACUUUCUGAUUUUGAUGCAUAACUUGGACAAAAAUAAAGAUCCAAUUUCAGUUUUACAUCCUCUCUCAAAGCUGCUGGAAGGCGGAAGCACUCAUGCUGCUACUUACGAAGCUUACAAAGAGAUAUGCGCCUCACCUACCUCAAAGGUAUUAUUUGCAGAUCAGGCAAAGGCAGCUGGUAUCAAAUGGAAGACCAGAUUGGAAGAGUCCAAGUUAGAGAUAGAAAUUCAAGAGCAUAAAAGUGUCAAUGAAGAAGAUAAUAUAACUAAUCAUGUGCCGGAUUCUGUUGAAAAGACCCCAGUGGCGAAGACAGACAAUGCAACAGGUAGCUCAUCCUAUAGUCAAUUAUCUUGUGAUGAUAUUGCUGAUUCAUUCUCUACUACUGAAGUCAAACAGAGUGGAGUAAUUUAAUCUGUAACUCAAGGCCCAAGGUUUUCUACUGACACACUGUAACCAAUUGUUGUAGGCAGGCUAUACAUUCAUUAUACAAAAAAAUUCUUCAUUAUGUAAAUUUCUUCCUCGUUGAUCAUAGUGGUUCUUGGUUUUGGGUGCUA